AGCGUACCCUGCGCAGAAGGAAUGCGCAGUAGGUCAGUUUAUUGCUGUUAGUUCACAAAAUGCCGUCGGAAUCGAAAAGUUUGUUGACAGCUCAAACAGAAAAGCCAAAUCAUUAUACGUAUUUGAAGGAAUUUCGUGUUGAGCAGUGUCCAUUGUUUCUACAACACAAAUGCACUCAGCAUAGACCUUUUACUUGUUUCCACUGGCAUUUUAUGAACCAACGUCGCAGAAGACCAGUAAGGAAAAGAGAUGGAUCGUUUAAUUAUAGUGCUGAUCAUUACUGUACAAAAUUUGAUGAAACUACAGGAUUAUGUCCGGAAGGAGAUGAGUGUCCGUACCUACAUCGAACGGCUGGAGAUACAGAACGCCGUUAUCAUUUAAGAUACUAUAAGACGUGUAUGUGUGUUCAUGACACUGAUGCAAGAGGAUUUUGUGUAAAGAAUGGCCCCCAUUGUGCAUUUGCACAUGGGAAUCAUGAUCUUAGACCUCCAGUAUAUGAUAUUAAGGAAAUUCAGGCUUUGGAGAAUCCAGAUGCAGAAGCAAAUGCAGUGAAUGGUCCAAAUGUUUUAGAUAAAGAGAGAAAUUUAAUGAAUGAAGAUCCAAAAUGGCAAGAUACAAGUUACGUUUUAGCAAGUUACAAGACUGAGCCGUGCAAGAGACCUCCUCGCUUGUGUCGUCAGGGCUAUGCUUGUCCACAGUAUCAUAACAGUAGGGAUAAAAGGAGAAGUCCGAGAAAAUACAAAUACAGAUCUACGCCAUGCCCAAACGUGAAACACGGGGAUGAGUGGGGUGAGCCAGGGAAUUGUGAAAGUGGUGACAAUUGCCCUUACUGCCACACUAGAACUGAACAGCAGUUUCAUCCUGAAAUAUAUAAAUCAACCAAGUGCAAUGAUGUUCAGACUGCAGGCUAUUGUCCAAGAGGAGUGUUCUGUGCUUUUGCCCACGUCGAACAAGAAAUGACACUCGCUCGAGAUCUGGCCGCUCGGGUGGACUCUGGUACUAAUUUAGCAGAUAUAUUAUCAAGCGCUCUCCCGCCAGACAAACGAGACUCUGCAAUGGGUCAGGAAACUUCCAAAAGGGAGGAGAAGAGUAGCGAUUCAUCAAAUGGAAGUGGGGAGGUGUCAGAAUCAGCAUCUACUAGCAGUCUUGGUUCCAGUAGCUCACACAGUAAAGCUCCAGGUUCACAGUUAAUUCAUAAUAAAGGUGCAGGUGGCAGCAGCAGUCACAUGCUCUUCGCAAAUAGCAGCAGUAAUCAGUCGGAAGUCAUGCAAGCUAAUUUAAUAAAGAAGCAAAUGAUAGCAAUUGAUAGUGAUCCUCUUCUAGACCCUCUGGAGAAAGCGCAGAGGAAACAGAGCAUUUAUCUGGCAUUUAGCAUCAGCAACUCAGGAUCGAUGGCAUCUGCCGUCUCCCCUUUAGCAACACCUUUCUAUCCAGCAAGUGAUACCGUGGAAUCUGUAGUAGGAAAUGCAUUAGAAGAUUUAAAUUUAGAUGAACCUCUUAAUUUAGCAGCAUCAAUAGACAAAGAUUUAGAAACAGAUUCCCCAACUGUCAGCAAUUCUAUAUCAGCUGGACUAGCAAGUUCUGGUAUGCUUGGCAGUUCUGCUCCGGUCAACAUCCCUGGCAGUGCCCUGAGUGAGAGGAAUGCAUUAGGAAGCAACUUCUCACCCUCGACAUCAUCUCCAUUGCAACAGUUGCAGUCUGGGUUCCUGUCUACAGCACGUUUUUCGCACCAGGAUUCACUGGACUCUGGCUCAGCAUUUAUGAACACUUCUCACAUCCAGUUAAGCAGUAGUGCGUCAAAGAUUAGUAGUUUCGCAUCCGGCGGCGGUCUGUUUGACUUCACCUCCCAUCAGAACAUGUCUCCAAGUAGUCAUCCCUCCCAUCACCACAGCUCGUCGUUAGUCAAUAGUUUUCCUUUAAGUCCAUCGUUAGGAACAAACCUUUCAACUGAGUUACAUAUGCAGAGAUUAUGUGAAGAAUUAGUAUCUAGCCGAUCAAAAUUUGCAUCUUGGGAUGAGAGGAUAAAUCAAGCUAGGUCGGCAUGUGAAGCAUGGCAACGAGAAGCCGAAGAAUCUAACAGGAAAGCAAGUAUAGCAGAGCAGCAAAGAGACGAGGCAUUGUCUCAAGCAAAAGCUCUUCAGAAAGAAGUAGAUUUACUACAAGGUAGUCCUUAUCUUCAUGGUCUUAGAAGAGUAUCAGAAUUGAAGACGUUAUCACUUCCGACAUUAAAAUCAUUACAGGCGCAGUUGAGGUCUGACCUGGAAGAAAUUGAAAAGGUUAUCUACCUGCAGACAGCAACCAAGUGUAUGGUAUGUGAAGAAGACAACCGCAGUGUUACAUUAGCCCCUUGCAAUCAUUAUGUGUUGUGUAGUAAUUGUGCUUCAACUCAGAAAGAAUGUCCCUACUGCCAGAUCCCUAUAGUAGCUCAGACUACAAGCAUGCCUUUAUAAUUAGACACACGGUAGGUACGUACUGUUCCAUUACCACAUUCACUCUGCAUUAUAAACUUAUUAUAUCACAUUUCUGCAUAAUCAUAGACCAAAUGGACUUUUUAAUUAAGGACUCUGUUACUGGCUGGCAUAAAAUGACUCAUUCCGUAUUUGGAUUUGAUGUAAAGAGCACGGCUUUGUUGAGCGCUACGGCAUUUUGUAAACCAAACUACAGUAAGACCUCGUUAAUCGAAAGUUAGGGAACCGGACAUUUGGACUUUUAUUUAAUGAGAGUUAAUGGAGCGAGCAAUAGUAAACAGUAGCGGACAAAACGCACUCGCGAUAAAUCAGCAUUGCUCUUGUAAUAGCAAGGAAGUAUGUGCAUUUCUCCGGUGUUAUUUAAAUGCAUGACCUCAUCUGUUUUAUUCGUCGCUUGUGGCCGUUAAAAUAUUUGUAUUUUGACAAAAUUUCCUUCGUUGGUUUUAAUGUAAAAUGGUAGUCGCAAAUGAUCUUGUUGGACGUUAUGUUGGAAUGGAAAACUCUAAGAAUGUUUAAUUCUCAAAGACAUUAAUGUUAUCCAUUAUGAUAUAAAAAUCAUUAUUACAGUUAUUUACUUCGUUAAAAUUAAUCAGACUAAAUUGUAUAGAUUUUUUGUGGGAGGGAAUGGAAAAUGAAGCGUUUUAAUUUCUUUGUGUUAACGGAUUGAAGAGGUUUUACUGUGUCUUGUGUAAGUUUUGGGUGGGUUUAAGGAUUAAGACAUGGUUGUGGGUAAGUCUGUAUAUUAUUUUGGAUGAUUUUAAAUUUCUUUUGCAGUUGCAGAGUUUAUUAACUACAUUUUGCUAUUUGACUGAAUUCUUGAAGUAAAGCUCAUUUCCUUUUCAAAUUCAAGGGCUUUCAUGAAUUCUUUUAUAUUUGAAACUGGUUUACUGUGCACUCUUAAUUGUACAUCUUUUUUCUAUAUAUAUAUAUAUAUAUAUAUAUACUCCUAACUGUGGUUCCCUUUACCUCUUCAAAUUUCAGUCCAAAAAUUAAUACACUGCAUUUGAAGAUGAUAGUAAAAUCAUUUUGCACAGAUAAGGUAUUAUUGUGAAAAUCAAAAUAUGAUGGUUUUUGUAAAGGAGUAUUUUACAAUGCAGGGUUCAAUUUGCUUUUUACUCAUACAGGAUGAAGAUAAAAGAACUUUAUGAAUAAUAACCUCAUGGGGUUUAUUUGGUGAUUGUGCUAUAGUGCACGACACAUUGCCUUUCUGCUGAGAGUCAGCAACAUUGAAAAGAGUAAGUGGUAUUAUACUCCCUUUGUGUUGGACAAGGUUAAGGCCGGCCGCAAACGGAGCCACUUGUGGCCGCCACAAGCUGCGGACUGUACUUUGUAUGGAGUUUUAAUAGACUCAGCACAGACGCGGCCACUAGUGGCUCCGUUUGCGCCCGGCCUAAGUGUACGCAGAGCAUUAAGUGUUUUUUGUUUGUGUGUCAUAUGUGAAGUGUAAAUCUGCUGGGAAGUUUUUGAAAAUUCAGAUUAAAGUUUCAAGUUCCCCACAGAAACAGUAUUUAAAAUCUUGUCAAUAAAGUAAGAACAACUGAUGUGUUAAUAAUUAUGAAACCAAGCAUUGAUAUAAUGGAGUGUUAAUGGAAGGUAAGUUUGCGCAUUAACGUGGCUUAGCUUUGUCAUUUGCCUUUUAAGUCUUUUAAACGUCAUCCUCAAGAAAUGGCAGUUUCAAAACUGUGGCCAGACAACACCAAAGUUUGUGCUCUUUGCAGCCAUGGUAAUUCGGUAGCGACAUUUAAUUUCUUUAAUUGGUAUUUUAAAUUCAUGUUGGUGAACUUGAUUGUGAGUUUUAAUCUUUUGACGUAA